AUGGCCCCCGCACCUCCAAAUCCCCAACCACAACCAUCUGCAGCGACCGCUGCAACCAUGUACACACCAUUGACCACAGGUCACGUCAAUGCGUCCAUUGCGCGGAGAAGAGAGACUUCCUCUGCUAAUACGCAACAGGAAGAGAGUUUGGGCAGCUCUCUGUCCUCCGCUCGACCAGUAGCCUCGGAGCUCUCGACCAAGAAGAGAAUCUCCGGACUGUCCCAAUUCUCCUCGCGUAUCUUCACGUCCAGCAAGAAAGCAGGAUCGAGCAAACGCAACUCAACUCUCGUCUCCGAGUCGGAUCAUUCGAAGCUCGAGACACCACACCCAUCAUCCUCUGGCAACAAUACUUACCAUACCAGAGUCUCCUUCUCCGAUUUCCCCAUCCCCCCUAUCCUGCCAGAGAACCAGGCUCCAGCUGCGCGCAAGGAUGGCAAUCAGUUUGCAAAAUCCGACCCGGCCUCCUCUACUUCGUCACCACCACCUACUGGCGGAAGCAAUGAACAAGUAAGUACCACCUUCCGCCCUUCGAUCUUCCAUCAAUCCUCUAUCACGCGUCAAAUUGUGACAGGUGAACCCUUUUGUUGGCCUGCAACACCGUCUCACUCUCAUGUUGCUGCAACAAUCAUGCUAACCUCCGAUAGGAAACAUAUCCUUUGCCCGGUGUUUUGAGCGAGCUUGAUCCACCUUCCACUGUACCACACCAUGGACGAGACACCAACUGGCCUCUUGAUUACUAUGUAAGUUCCUACCUAUUCUCAAAUCUCCCCAACUGGCUUCUCAUCGCCAAUUAAUCAACCAACUGCUAAUACAUUGAAGCUCGUCUUCCCGACUGUUGCAUACCCUUUGUCAUCAACCAAGCAACGAGAUGUCCACAUUUACAGAAGCAACGUUGCCCCUACCGUAAGCAUAGCCCUUCUUUCCCGUCAUUCCUGUAGCCAAAUCAAUUCAAGGGAUUAUCAUCUUGCUUCAGUAUCACUUCCGUCAGUUUUCAAGCAAACGGUUUCUAUUCUAACUUCUUUUAGGAUCUCGUAGAUUUCAUUGGACCAUUGCCGCAGCCUGCUUCCGAGUAUUUGGCAAUGUUGUUGAAGACCUAUCCCCACAGAGCGGCCGAAAUCAAGAGGACCGGAGAGGAAUUCAUGAAGCAGCAAGACCACAUCGUCCAGGUAAUUUGUGCAUAUCUGGUAAAGGCAGUCAACGAUCAAAAAGAACACCUCAAUUUUGUCAAAGAGCGACUGGAAUAUGAGACCAAAAAACGUCCUAUUUCAAGCCAGCUCGCCGAACGUGUAGCCAACCACCAACAAAUGCAGUACACUGUUGCUCUGGAGAAAGAAGUACGCAUCAAUAACGGCAUAAUGAAGAAGAUGACGGAAGACAUGAAGAAGACCGAGGCCAAGAACAACGGUUUUGCGGCUCGUAUCAAGGAGCUUCACGCGGAAAUCAACGGAAUCCAACAUCAGCGCCGUCAAGAAUCUCGUCUACGUCACCAAGAAGCCCAAGAUCGUGUCGAAUUAGAGAGCAGAAUCGCGCAAUUGGAGGAGCAACUUGCGGAGAGGGAUGAAGAACACGAGAGAUUGCGCGCUUUCCGAAAUGAUUAUAUCCUGUUGUUUGAGAAUCAUUUCCGCGUUAGUAAGGAAAACGGUGGAAUUCUUUUGGGUUCUCGUACUGCCGAUAGUGGAAAAACUGAUGGAAACGCUACCAUUGCAGAGGGUUUGUCUGGAGAUGCGUAA